GGACACAAAAAGAGCUCAUAAACCAUAUCCGCCCCAAUCAUAGCAAUCUGUACGACCGGACCAAACGGAUGUUUAAAUGCAAUCAAUGCACUCUUGAGUUCGAUAAAUACAGCAAACUAUUGAUCCAUCGAAACAGACAUUUCGGUGAAAAGAAGUUCAAAUGUUGGGAUCAGUUCCCGGAUUGCAAGUGGAGUUUCUUCACGAUCGGAGAAUUGAGGAACCAUCAGUUGUGGUCUCAUAGCAAAGAACAGAACUUUGUGUGCGAUUGGAGUGAUUGCGGAAAGAAGUUUAAAUUACGAAACCUUUUGGGUAUUCAUUCAUAUACUUUGCCAUUAAUUGGGACUUAAGUUGAUAUGUGUUGCAGAAAGUC